CGACCGAACACGGGAUCGCGGGGCACGUGUUUAUGGAGUUGGGACCGAGACAGAACUUGCCACACAAACGCAGCUCGCCACGAGAGGCGCGGUCCACUGCCACCGGCAUCUGUUGGCGCUGACGUCACGCUUCCGCAAAAAAAUUGACACACAGACGGAAAACCCACUUGUUGCCUGCCGCACGAGUUGCGUUAGAGCGGCGUUUGUCACCGAAACAACACGGAGCGCUGGGAACGCGCGUCCUUCUCCACCUGCAACGGCCCUCGGAGGUGCCACUCGCAAAACAGCACGUGCCCCCACACCCCCGAACGCUCUGCCAAGGGAGGCGACACGGGGGGUUCUGUCUUGUUGGCGGGCUCGGUGUGUGCUGGGGAGCGACGCGGCUGGAACCAGGUGGUGGUGGUGGAGGAGGAGGAGGAGCGGUCACAUUACCGGACAAUCGAGGGAGCGAGCUGGCGGGCGCCAUGACGGACGCCGUGUUCGGCAGCAGCGCCGCCGACCGCUGGGUCUGCCCCAACGACCGCCACCUGGCCCUGCGCGCCAAGCUCAACACGGGCUGGUCGGUGCACACGCACCGCUCGGAGAAGCAGCGCAGGAGCGAGACGCUGAGCGAGGAGGAGCGCGAGGCCAUCCACAAGGUCAUCGAGAAAGCCGAGAAGAUGGAGCUGCUGGAGCAGGAGCGCAUCGGGCGGCUGGUGGAGCGGCUGGAGAACAUGAGACGUAACGCGCUGGGCGACGGCGCCGCUCGCUGCGUGCUGUGCGGGGAGCAGCUGGGCCUGCUCGGCUCGGCCGCCGCCCUCUGUGAGGACUGCAAGAAGAACGUGUGCACCAAGUGUGGCGUCGACUCCGUGUGCAGCCGCCAGCGUCCGCUCUGGCUGUGCAAGAUCUGCAGCGAGCAGCGAGAGGUGUGGAAGCGCUCUGGAGCGUGGUUCUUCAAGGGGCUGCCCAAGUACGUGCUGCCCCCCAAGACGUCCGGGGCGGGGGGCCGGCAGGACGUGCGGCCCGCCGCGGCCGCGGUCCUCGGCAGGAACCCGCAAGGGGCGGCCGCGGCGAGGGACCAGGCGGCCUCCGCGCCCGACACGCGCACCUACACCUGGGUGCGCGGUCGCGUGAGGAUGGGCGACAGCGACUCCGACUCGGAGCGCAACUCCAGCUCGGACGAAGACGACGCGGGGACCCGGAGGGCGCGGCGCGCGGCGGGCGUCGUGCGGGCCGACUCCGCGAGCAGCGACGGAGCGUGGCCGGCGGGGUCGACGGGCGGCAAGCUGGAGGGCGCGCUGGGCGCGCUGGGCAGCCGGGGCAGCGUGGGGAGCGGCGGGGGCGGAGGCGCCGGCGGGUUUGGGGGAGCGACGAGCGCCACCGAGAGCUGCCAGGGCGACGCUGCCGGCGACAGCGACGCGAGCCGGGAGGGGUCGCUGCGCUCGCGUCUCUCCCUCGCCCCCUCUGACACCUCGUCGUCACUGGCCACCUCGUCGCACGCCGACGACGACGUCGACCGCGCCUUUUCCGCCUUCGCUGCCACCACCGCCGCGACGCCGUCGCAGCAGCAGCAGCAGGCCGACCCAAACGACUCGGACGAUGCCACGACGCUCGGCUGCCUCGAGUUCAGUCUCCUCUACGACCAGACCGGCAACAUGCUGCACUGCACGCUGCUCCGUGCCAGGGGUCUAAAGAGGAGCCACUCAGGGGGGCACGCGGACCCCUACGUCAAGCUGCAUCUCAUGCCCGGAGCCAGCAAGGCGAAUAAGCUGCGCUCCAGGACGGUGAAGCACACGCUGAACCCCGAGUGGAACGAGCGCCUCACGUACCACGGCAUCACGGACGAGGACAUCUUGAAAAAAACCUUGCAGGUCUCGGUGUUCGACCAGGAUCGGAUCGGUCACAACGAGUUCAUUGGCGAGACGCGCGUCGCCCUGCGCCGGCUCAGCCCCCAGCAGGCCAAGAGCUACAACGUGUGCCUGGAGAAGCGCCUCCCCACGGAGCGGGAGGCGGGGGAGCCGUCAGCGCAGCGGGAGCGCGGCCGCGUGCUUCUCGCGCUGCUCUACAGCAGCCAGCGCGGCGGCCUCGUCGUGUCCGUGAUGCGCUGCGCUCACCUCGCCUCCAUGGACUCCAACGGCUACUCGGACCCCUUCGUCAAGAUACAGCUGAACCCCGACUCCGGGAAGAAGUUCAAAUUCAAGACCGCGGUGAAAAAGAAGUGCCUCAACCCAGAGUUUAACGAGGAAUUCUUCUUCGCCCUCCGGCAGAACGAGCUCGCCGGCAAGAGCCUGGAGGUCGCCGUGUGGGACUACGACCUCGGCAAGUCCAACGACUUCAUCGGCUCCGUGGAGCUGGGAGCGAAGGCAUCGGGAGAAGCACUCAAGCACUGGUACGAGUGCCUCAAGUACCCGGACAAGCGGGUGGAGCGCUGGCACAUGCUGGGUGACGCGGCACCCUCCAAGCACUAGCACGUCUGCCAGCCGCCGCUCUUCAGAGCCAGAAUUCGGCUUCCGUUGAAGCUGCCGCCAACGCUUGGAAAACGUCGGCGGUGCAAGCACGGGGGUGGGGGGGCUUGCAUUUCUCACCGGAUAUUUUCUGGGUGUCCGAAGAACGCAGUCGUUGUCACGUGGCUAUGAGUUGGCCAAAGUCAUAACAAGAGGUACACUGGAUGGUGUGCCAGGUGCGAAAAUAUUUUACAGGUCACUGACCUGGGCCCAAUGCGGGACCGACUCGGUUCAGAUUAAACCUCCGAUUGAGAUUAAGCACUUAUAAAGGUGUUGCGGGGGGUGCAGAGAUUUGUGGAACUUUCAAACCCGCCCGUGUCUCUUGCGUAUUCUGCAUGUUAAUCAUUUUUUCUUAUUAUAGACUGCCAAGUUCUCCGUGACUUUCGACCAACACCAUCUCAUGACUAAUAACCAUAACCCCUACAUCAGAACCAACCGGGGCAGUCAGGAGCAACCAGCUCCAAAUCCCGAUUGAUUAACAGAUUAAAAUAUAGGCAACCCUUCGUUGCUGUGGGAUAAAUUAUAGACACCCCUACACUGACACAAUUCAUGACUGUGCCCCCCCCCCCCGCCCAUCCACCCAAAUGACCUGCUGGUUUAAAUUGUCCCCAGAGGUUUGUGGUUUUCUUUCUGCCACCAGUGGCAAGGGAACCACACGCGCAGGGCUGACCACAACAGUAGUGUUCUGCACAACGCAGAACCGCAAUCUUUCUAUAAAGUUUUCGCAGCCAAUAUAUGCGACAUUUACAUUUUGUAGCACGGGUGGGUGCAUGUUAUACCAUCAUUUGUAACCGUUUGUGAUCCACAAUAAAGCUUAGUUUGAAACAUG